AGGGUCGUCUCGGCCUUCCCACGCCGAGAACAUGAUACAGCAAGACUUCGCGCCUCUGCGUCCGCCAGAUGCCUUUGGCGAUGGUAGGGCGGCAAAGAGGCGCAAACGUGGCCCUUGCUGCGUCGAUCUCCCAUGCCAUGUAUGGAUCUGCGUCAAGCUUGAUGGGGCGUAUUGUUUGCGAGGGACCGUGCGGUUAGAUGGCGUUUCGCCGAUGUCUGAUGAAACUAUGCGUGAGGAUGUCCGCCACAUGCUGUCCGUUAGGUGGGGCUCCCGUGGCAAGCACGCAACGGCCAACAUGGUUCUGUGGUCGUGUUCUGAGCACGCGCCCCUGGCCCAUCCACUUCCGAUCAGACAAGGGGAAGAUUUCGCCAGUUUCGGCAUGGCCUUUUCCUUGAAGCAGCAAUGCCUAGAUCGAGUUUCUGGUCACCUGCACGUCCCACGUGUCGCGUUGAACCUCCCCCGUGAGAUUGCGGAUGCGUUGUCUGGGCAUUUUCCAUCGCCGACAGCUUUGUGCACUGCUUUGGGGGUUUCUCCUUUUGUUCCUGCAGGCGGCCCCCCAAACGUCGGACCUGAUGACGACGUGGGCGAGCGUGGCUUGGGAGAGCCACGAGCUGAGUAUCUGUCGCACAGCCCCGAGGUGGUUUUUACUUCCCUUAAGCUUCACAGCAUGAUGAAAGCUAGCGCUGACUUGAGGGAGGUCGUCGUGAGUGCGUGCAGGCUCGUGCUACCCCCUGAUCAAGUCAGCAAAGUCAGCGAAGACGUCGAAAAGGGCAAUGUCAAGUUGCCCGAAUACGACACCUUGAGGAAGUGGUGGGUUCGCUUCGACUGCGUGGCCAUGUUGUGGCAAAGAGAGGUGAAUGCCCGCAACAAGUUCGUCAGAUGCAUCCUGACCGAUGCUUCUCCUAUUAGUGGGUGGAAUUAUUUGUGCACGAAAUCAUUAGAGUUUGCCUUCCCACGCCAUGCGAAUGAUGACGACUAUUGGGCAUAUCGUUUAACAGCAGAUAUUGGCGAGUGUUAUCGGUCUAGGAAGAUGCCUGUAACUGUGCUCGGCCAUGGCGCGAGUUCCGCGCAUAUCAAGUUGGACAGGGUCGCUCAUGGCAUCCGGCUGGAGUGCCGGAGCGAGGCCGAGUACGACGAGUGGAGGUGGAGCGUUCGGCACUACUGCAGCGACCAAGGUGCCGAACGCAUCAUCGAGCGAUGCCCGAACAUCGGAGGUGACCUGAGCAAAAUUCAAGAGCACGUUGACAAACUUGCAGGUGGCAUCGAGUUGCUGUUCGAGUGUUCCGACCAGUUUUUGUUCCCACUGGCUCUGGGGCAGCCAGGGCAUUUGCAUAUCUUAUACAAUUCCCUCGAGCAUGCUUGCCAAAACCUGUCAGGGUGGAAAGCAUUUGAAUCGACCUUGCGGGACCUUUGCGCGUUCUUGGGGAACAGGCAGUUGAGACGGCGAUUUGCCGUGAAAUGUUGUCCGCCACCUUUGAAGAAAAAAUGGUUGCCAUGGUCACAAGCCCACGUAGAUUGGAAGUGGGAGUUCUUGACUCCCGUUUUGGUGCAGCUGCAGUGGCGGUUGCCAGUCUUACUCGAGAAUUUCGACAUGCAGAAGAUGAGCGUUAACGAGGCAGGGAAUUCUAUGCACAGUGCCCUCUUAAAUAACAUCGCGAAUUUGCGCCCGCAGCUGGGCGAACUUCGAGUGAGGUGUGAGUCUCUCAGACUUGUUUGCGAGGCCGUGGACAAGUGUGCUCACUGGUUGGAAGGUUGCCCGUGUCACGAGGGCGUUCUCCUUGGUCAUCGUUAUUUCCGGGUGCGGAAGAAAGCGGUGCGAGCCAGCAUUCAGGCUACUGGGAGUAAGGCCGUGACGUGCCCUUGGAAAGGCCGACGUGGUCCAGAGAUGGUAUUGGGCAUGGCUGAUACGAUGCUUCGUUGGAUUCAGGGGGCAUCGUCCACGGGCUUGAAUGACCUUCUGCAUAAGCUCCCUCCUAUUCUUCGCAGCGUUUACUUGGGGGAGUUCGAUGCUCUGAAAGUCUCUAUCACUGAAGAGAUCGGGGCAAAACUCAGCCACCACAAGCGCUUGCCAUGGAAACUAAUGGGUGGAUACGGCGAAGCUCUUGGAAGGGCGGACGACGCGAAGGCUUGUCUUGCAGAGUGCUGCGCAAUGUUCGACACGUUGUGGGCUGACCCAGCGUCGAGGAAGACGCUGCAUCGGGUCGCUGUCAGACUUCUUGGUCCUGGUUCCACGUACCGCGGGAUGAUUAACAGUUACGCUCAAUCGUUAGUCGGCCUUUCAGACGUGCCCGCUCUUGCAGUGGAGUUGCAAGACCUUGCCCUGAGCGUGCUGACCGAGCGCACGAUCGAGUCUGUGCAUGCAACCAUUCAGGCUGAGAUGAAAUUGACACAUGGGAGUCUUCCUGGAUUCGUUUGUGCCAAAAUCAGGGCAGCGGAGACCUUGAAGCUGCUCGACCAGGCAUCGGCUUGGACUUUCUUGUGCACCGCUUGGAGGAAAAAGUUAUCAUUGCAUGACCUUCUUCCUCGUGAUGCAGGGGGUGGCCGGGCCAAGGCGUGCCCCCACAACGAUGUGUACAAAAGCGUGUAUGGGCAUGAUUUGGACGGGCAAUGCGAGACUUGUGAGGAGAAGGCCAGGAUCGUGCAGCUUUGGGAGACCACGCUUCGGCAGGCGAUGUCGUCUGGCGACGCUGCAAUGGCCGCUGAGGCGAAGGCCGUCGUCGACUGGUGCAAAGACCUCUUCGUCCCGAACACCGUGUUCACAUUGCCCUCUGUGAUGUUGGAGGGCUGCUUGCUGGAUCCGUCGCCAAUUGCAGAUGUAACGUGUCGAUUUGAACGGCCUGUCGGAGGACUUGACGCGCUUCUUCGCCAUCUCAUCGAAAGACAUGCCCCGCUUGCUCUUCACGAUGGAGCAGCUGGAGCAGGCGGUCAUGGCGCACUAGUGCCAGCGGAGUUGGAAGUCAAUGCGGGCAGCGUCAAGACGAUGACCAUUGCCCGUGUCACGAAUUCCCACCCCGAGAGAAGGGUGGCCGCUGAUGCUUUGCACGCUCGGCUGGCGAAGCAUUGCGUGAGCGUGCUCGCUGUCCCAGGCAGCGCUUGCACGGUCUCCGAGCACAGCAAGGUCAUCUUCCAAGUCGACUCGGCGAGGCCCCUGUCAUUGGAUUUACACCGGCUGCUUUGCAAGCUGCCCGUGGCAGAGGUGCUGAACGCCAUCCACAUCUGGCGCGCAGGUGUCGGCAGCGCGCUAGAAAUCAACAGAGAAGCUGACCUGGCGAUUGCUUUGAGCGAUCGGAUGUUGCCCAUGAUUUCCUUGCAGGACGACGCCGUGGUCCCUACGGACCCGGGCCAUCAUGCCCAUGACGACGAGCGUUCGGAAUCUUUGGUGCAAUUACUGUAUGAAAAAGGCGCCAUUGUGGGCAAUGAGCAAGCUCUCGGCUACGUGAGCGACUUGUCUGUGUUCGGCUUAGCUACGGUGAACAGGCUGGUGGCCUUGAAUGUGAUAGCCGUGGAGGUUGACGACUUUGGCGAUUCACAGUAUCGGUUGAAUAUGGCAGCUGUCAGAUGGAAAUCUGUAUGGGGGGCUAUGCAGCCAAAGCCAUUCGUUAUGCAGCAAAGCCAGAGAGAUUGGCGCGAUCGGAGCAAGCUUGGAUUACUUUGUAGCUUGUACCGUGCAGGGUGGACACAGGCAGUCGCGGCGCUGCCUCCUUUCCGUGCAGCCGAUGAGAAGAUCGUGGCCAUGGAUGCCAUGAUCAAGAGCAAGUGGUACAUGAUUGCUUUGCUCAGUCACGAGCAUGUGUUCUCGAAGGGAGUGCGCGAUAUCCAUCACGAUAGGACGAUGUCUUAUUACCAAGCAUUGGUCAUGGCACCAGCCAGCAAGCUAACGGAGAUCGAUGCCGCGAGGCCCGACAAGGAGUACAGGAAAUUGUUGGAUGAGGAUGCCUUGGUCGCUGUCGAGGAGGGCGACGGCCUGCACGGUGGGAUUGCCGGCGAGGCUCCGGUUAUCAUGGUGCAGGAUGGCGCCGCGGGGGGCGAUGAACCCACCGACGACGAGAUCGUGACCCGCGUGCUCAUCAGGUCAGGCCGUCUGGACAUUCAGCCAGCCUCCAUCGUUUUUACGGCUGUCUUUGGAGAUGUGUGCUUUGUCGUGAGGCAGACGUGGUCUCACACCAACGGGAAAUUGAGAUUUUACAUCGCUUGCCCUUGCGCUGGGCACCGUCGGUGCUUUAGGUAUACCCAGCGAGAUCAAUACGCAUCGGAGGCGGAUUGCGGCGCAACGCUCGUCGCUUGGGCCCAGCGCGGCCUCGCUGGGGGGCCGAAAGAGGUUCACAAGGGCCAUCACCCCUCAGCAGAUGCCAUUGCAGCUGCCAAGCUCGCUUUAGUCGCCGCUUGAUGCGCGCCCCCAUCUUCUGUCACAUUCAGACACAUUCAAGCAAAUUGGUGACAUCUAAGUUCGUAUUCACUGGUACAUAAUUGUACAUUUUCGUACAUUUUUCAGUGAGGAGCAAAUUGCGUCUCAAAUGCAGCCCGUCUCUGUGUUAACAAAUCGUGCCCGCAGUGGCGAGGAGUACAAUUUGUCUCAAACGCAGCCAGGCUCUGAGUUAACAAAUCCUCUGGUGUGGCCGUAGUGGCGAGGAAAACAUUGCGUCUCAAAUGCAGCCCAGCUCUGUGCUAACAAUUCCUGUGGCGUGAUGGCAGUGGUGAUGCGUAGUUGUAGCCUUCGCCGAGCCCGGGGGCCCGGGGCAAUUGCCAGUUUUUCGUGGCAACCGAAAGUUUCGUCGGCGUCGACGCUGUAGGGUUAUCCACAGCUGCCGCCUUCCUCCUCCUCCUCCUCCUCCUCCUCCUCAACGGCACAAUUUCGGCCACGUUCGCAGGACAGGCUUGCUGCCUGGCCGUAGUUUUAGCGACAUGAGAACGCACAGCAUGCAGACGCUUUUCAGUUGAUACAUUCUUUGGUGUGGUGUGCGGAGAACGAAGAUGACUACAAUGAUAAGUUGUCCUGCCCUUCUCUUCAGGAGCCCCUGGGAGGAGGUGGGAGGCUCCUUCCGUCCCCCGUCGGUCGCUGCGGCGACGGGGGCGGGGAGGACGCACGCCUGCGGGCCCCACUUCCUCUCGGCGUCGUGGGAACCUGCUGGGGCAGCCCGUGGCCCCAAGGGAACCCAGCGUGCGGUGGGCUGCCGACUCGCAAGAAGCGAAAG